CCCCUUUCUUUCUUUGACUUUUCCUUUUUUUUUUUCUCGCUUUCUCCACACAAAAACUAAAUUGACCAUGUUGUCCAUUCUGAAAAAGAACACAUUGGGUACCAUCAAUACAACCAGUCAAAUUAUUUCUAAUGUAUUCAAGUCACAACAACAAAAAAGCAUCUUACUACCUUUAACAGCUGCAACCAACCCCACAACGCAAUCCGUCCGUUUCGCAUCCAUUUUCGCUCCCAAACGAACAAAAUACAAAAAGGCUCAAAAGGGUAGAAUCCCCAUUCAUAUUGGCGGCUCGACAAAAGGAACCACUGUUGUCUUUGGUGAUUACGGUUUGCGUGUUAAGGAAGGAGCACGAUUAACUGGUCGACAACUAACAGCUGUACACAACGUCUUGAAGCGUAAAUUGAAAGCAGUCAAAGGAGCGAGAUUUUGGAUGCGUGUCUUUCCCGAUAUUCCUGUCACCACAAAGGGUAAUGAAGUUCGUAUGGGUAAAGGUAAAGGUAGCUUUGAUUAUUGGGCCUGUCGAGUGCCUAUCAAUCGUAUCGUGUUCGAAAUUAGUGGUAUGAGAAAGGAAAUUGCCAAAGAAACGUUUCGUUUGGCUUCCGGAAAGUUGCCUGUGAAGACGGAAUUUGUUGAACGUGGAACGAAGCCUGUGGUAGGUGCUGGUUUUAUACCCCCUCCUGUGAAGGAAGCACCAGCAACAGCAGCAACCACCACCGGCAAUGCAGCAAAAUAAUUUUUUAUACUCUCGAUUGGAUUCAUCAUUUUGUAGAUAGUCUCCUUUCUUGUUCUUUUCACCUCUACGUUGUAUUAUUUACGCAAUUACUUAGAUAGGUAUUUGGUUGUUCGACAGUCAUCUUAGCAAGUACAGCAAGAGUGUUUUAUCAGUUGGAAAAAGAAGUGACCGGAGCCCUUGUCCCACUUCUAUCCUACCUUCACCUCUUAUCACACAAUGUUUCUCUUUUAAAAUAAAGCGUACUGUAUUAGAUUAUGGUCUAGCUGAAUGUGCCAUUAUGACUACAAGACAGUGCUUAGUGCAAGCUUGCUCAAUAAACGGAUUUAAGUAACGUAAAGCAUAAUGUCUGAUGGACCGUUUAAAUAAGCAAUGCCCUUACUCCCAUACUAUCCGCCUACUUUGAACAUUUGACCUCUAUUUGAUCGAUUUUCGUACUGUAAUUAUCUUUUUUUUUUUUGUUUUAUUUCUUAACUUUGUGGUAUGU